AUGAUCGACCAAGCAAUAGUUGCAGCAUUGGCUCCCAUUCGUGGGGAUUUGACAGUACAGCGGGAGAUGAUCAUGACCUAUGGGGAAACAUGGGAUACUCUCACAGCUCAGGUUGAGGUAUGCAAGACGUCAGACCAUGGCUUUGUAGAUGUAACAGCCUUGAAGGCUGAUAUUAUCGGUCUCCGACGUGAUAUGGAUGAGUUGAAUGCGGAUAUGCCAGCUGUUUCUGAGAUCCGUCUAUCUAUUGUGACCAAAGAUGCUGCUACAGCUGACGAUGAUGGAGAGUCUGAUACAGCCGAGAUAGAUGAGGAGGAGUUAGGGGCUCAUGAUAAGACAAUUUUUUAG